AUGCUUCCCAUUAUACUUUCUUCUCUCCUCUCCCUCCCCCUUCUCACAACCGCAAUCCCACACCCCAACCCCCAAUCACCUAACUGCAUUCCCCUCACCCUCUCCAUCUCCCUCACCGCCCCCUCCUACCCCCUGCUCCUCCCCGCGAUUAAAAAUGGUUAUGAUGCAACCUCUCUCCUCCUCGCCUUCACAGGCCGCGACGCCUCCUCCGACCCCUCUGCCCUCCUUGGGCCCCCAACUAACAUCACCGUUCCUCUCUCAAUCAGCGCACUGUACUGCACACCCACGACCCACUAUAACCCCCAAAAAGCCCCGAAAUUGCAACUUCUCACCCACGGCCUCGGCUUCGACAAAACCUACUGGAACUUCGGCGCACCGAAAACGACGUACAACUACAUCGCUGCUGCGACUGCCGCAGGGUACGCCACCUUCUCCUAUGACCGAAUCGGCACCGGCCUCUCCAGCGUCGAAGACCCCUACAAUGUCGUGCAAACCCCUGUCGAACUCGCGCUCCUCACCCACUUCACCGAGCAGCUCAAAGCCGGCACGCUCUCGCAUCUGAUCCCCAAGCCCUCGAAACUCGUCCACGUCGGCCACAGUUUCGGCUCGAUCCUCUCCAACGCGCUCAUCGCCACCCGGCCCGAGCUCUCCGACGGCGUCGUCCUCACCGGCUUCUCGCACAACACCACCUUCGAGAUCCUAUUCCAGAUCAGCACGGGCUUCCACCUCGCGUCCGAGAACCAGCCCGCGCGCUUCGGCAAGCGCUCCUCGGGCUACCUGACCUGGGGCGACAAGUAUGCGAACCAGUACAGCUUCCUCAAGUACCCCAACUUCGAGCCCGCAGUGCUAGAGGAUGCGGAGGCGAACAAGUUCCCGUUCACGGUAGGCGAGUUCAUCACGUUUGGCAAGGUUCCGUAUGCGGCGCCCGAGUUUAAGAAGCCGAUUUUGAUGAUCGAUGGUGAUUCUGACCUCAUCUUCUGCGGCGCAGACUGUACGGGGAUUCUGGAUGGACCCUACUCGGUUUCGCCGCAGCUGUUCGCGAACGCGGAGCCGUUGGCGUUUUACUUGCAGCCGGAUACUGGACAUGGCAUGAAUCUGCACGGGAAUGCGACGGGGUGGUUUGCGGUUGUGAACGAUUUCCUGGAUAAGCAUGUGUAAAGGAGGAGAAUGCCGAGGUGAAUCGAGAGGGUAAGCGAUUAAUUGAUGGAGGGUAGAGGCGGCAGACGCAUGUUGGGGCGAAAAAAGAUGGUGGAUUAAAAGAGGGCUGGGCGUUGGUACACGAGGGGGGAGGCUUUACGUGGAAAAGUGGAUCUUAGCCCGAAAGCGUGGUAAUAUAGUAGAGGCUUUCACUAGCGUUAAUAC